AUGCUGAACGGACUACAAAAGUUAUCAAAAAAGUUGAUAGAUUGGAUAUCAGUAAAAAUAAAAGGGAAAAAUAAUGAGAACCGGAUUUAUUUAAUCUCUAAUUUUGAAAUAAAUAAAGAAGAUCAUGAGUUGUAUUUAAAAAAUGCCCAAAAAAAAUUGGAAGAAGAACAAUUAAAUAUUGAUAUAAUACAUGGAAUAAAACAUCGAAAUGAGAUCAGGACGGCUAAAUAUAAAAUAUACACUUUUUUACCUCUUAUUGUUUUUUUCCAAUUUUUAAGAUUAGGUAAUUUAUAUUUUUUAUCGAUAUCGGCGUUACAACUAAUACCUGAAAUAACAGAUUCAAAAGGAAUGCCCACAUAUUUGAUUCCAUUAGUUUUUAUAAUAGUUGUAUCUAUGAUUAAAGAAUUUUUUGAAGAUUGGCAAAGACAUAAAUCGGAUAAUGAAGAAAAUUCUAAAAAAACAAUGGUUUUUGAAAAUGGAAUUUUAAAAGAAAAAAAAUGGGCAGACAUAAAAGAUGGUGAUGUAGUUAAAAUAUUUGCAUAUGAAUAUUUCCCUGCUGAUUUAAUUCUAUUAAAUUGCUCAAAUAAAAAAGGUAUAGUUAAUAUUGAAACAAAAAAUGUAGAUGGGGAAUCUAAUGUGAAGCACAAAUAUUGCUUAUCGGAUAUAUCCAAAUAUUUUAAUCAUGAUAAAUAUGCAGGAUAUUGCAGAGUUGAAUUAAUAAGUGAAAGACCCAAUGAUGAUAUUUUCGAUUAUAGUGGGCAUAUUAUAUUACCUCCAUUACAGUUCAAAAAUAAAAAUGGGGAUUUGGUUCGAUUUUAUGACAAGCAAAAUAGUAUCAAUAGAGAAAAUCAAAAUGACGACAUGGAAACCCAAAAAGAAAGCCCCAAUACUAAUGUUACAAUGGAAAAAGGAGAAUUUCAUAUAAAUGAUAAAAUACAAAACGAAAAAAAAUAUGAAACAACUCACAUGAAAGCGAAAAAGGAGAAUAACAAAAAUGGCGAACAAAUUGAAGAAGGAGAAAAGGAGAACAAAAAUAUAAUUAAUAUAAAUAUAGACAAUUUAGUAUUAAGAGGUACAUCACUUGUAAACACAAAAUGGAUAUACGGAUUAGUUAUAAACACUGGAAAUAGAACAAAAUUAAUGAGAAAUGCGUCAACUAAAUCACGAGAAAAAUGGUCACGGCUUGAAUUUGUAUAUGGCAAUCAUGUAAUUGUAUUAAUCAUGUGUCAAAUAUUUAUUUCUUUUAUUGUAGCUAUAGGGGGAGUUUUAUGGAUGCGAAAACAAGGAUAUAAUUUAUGGUAUUUAAAUUUAUAUUACAAUUCUGAUAGUUUAAAAACAUUUUUUAUUACAAUAGGUUCUAUGAUUCUUUUGUUUGGGUCAUUUAUACCAGUUGAUUUAUUACUGAUAUGGGAAGUAGUAAGAUUAUUACAAGGAUAUUUAAUUAAUUGGGAUAACGAUAUGUGUAGUAAAAAAACAGGAAGGUAUGCAUUAAGUAAAGCUGGACAAUUGUUAGAAGAAAUGGGUAAUGUAACUCACAUAUAUUCAGAUAAAACAGGAACAUUAACACAAAAUGUUAUGCAAUUACAAAAUAUUGGCUUAGGGAAUAAGGGGGUAUAUGGAUUUUAUGAUUUUAGUGAUAUUAAAGAAACCAUUGUUGAUAAAAAAAAAAAAGAAAUAGUAAAAAUAAAUGAAAACAGGAAAAUAAAUAGAUACGAUAAUGCUGAACAUAUUGAUUCCAUUGGUUUUCAAUCUGAAGACAGUUCUAACACAAGCAAAAGUGAAAAUGGCGACAUUAAUGAUUCACAUGCAAUUAAUAACUAUUGUGAAGAUGAUAAUAAUAAUAAUUACCUUGAUAAGAAAAAAGUAUAUAUAAAAGAGCUAGAAAAAGAGAAAGAUGAUGAAAAUUGGGUAAUAUCAAAAAAUAAAAUAAAGGGAGAUCCACCACAUAAUAAAAGUAUGUCUUAUAUGGUGGAUCCAUUGAAUUGGUCGAGAACAUCUAUAAACCCUCAUAAAAUUAAAAGGAAACAUAUACGUUUAAAUAGUUUAUCUCAUAACGAAACUAUUACAAAUAUAUAUUCAGAAAAAGAUUUUGUGAGAGGAGAAAAUGAAUUUGUUUUUUUUAAUCGAAUAUUAUUUGUUAAUAAAAUAUAUAGCAUAAGAAAAGAGACAGAGGAUCAAAUUUAUUUUUUGUUACUGGUUCUGAGUUUAUGUCAUAGUGCCAUGAUAAGAAAUGUAGAUAUCGAUGACAUGGAUAUUGAAAGCAGCGAUGAUGAUAUGAGUAUUGAUAAUGAUGAUGAAGAUAUCGAAGAUGUCGAUAAGAAUAAAAAAAAAAAAAAAAAUAAUAGAAAUGAAAAAAUGAAAAUAUACGAUAAAGAAACAAAAAUUAAUUAUACGUACCUAACACCAACGCAACCACAAUAUGAUGCAAGUUCACCUGAUGAGCUUGCGUUAAUUAGCACAUCAUUAUAUCUAGGAUGCGAAUUUAUAAAUAGACCAAAUUUAAGAACUAUUGAAAUUGAACUAACAUCAUCUUUUGCUCAAAGAUUUAUUUUAGGGGAAAAAUGCUAUAAUAAUUUUAUGAAAAAAAAAAGUUAUUAUGAAGAUAAUUUUGACACAUAUUUCCCAAAUGCAUACAUAAAUAAAGAAGGAAAAAAGGAAUCUAAACUUGGUGAAAAUCUUAUGAAAAAAAAUAAUAACAAUAAUAAUACCAACGCAAAAGAUAUUAGUAACAGUUUUCAUAUGUCUAUACCGAUUAGAAACAUGUUUAUAUCUAAUAAGGCGAAUACUAAAGAACCCAUUAAAAGUGAAGAAGAAAGAGAAAAAAUGCUAUAUAAAAAAAUUGUUCCAAUUUUAUCUUUUGAAAUAUUAGAUGUUUUUCCUUUUGAUAAUGUUAGAAAAAGAAUGUCAUUAAUUGUAAAAAAUGAGAAAGAUGAAAUAUUUAUGUUAAUAAAAGGUGCUGAUACAAGUGUAUUAAAAUUAGCUUCAAAAAACCAAAACCAUAUUGUUGAUCAUGUAGAAUAUCAAUUAAAUGCGUUUGCUACAUCUGGGCUUAGAACUUUAGUGUUAGGAUAUAAGCAUUUGACGAAAGAAGAAUUUAAAAUAAUGUAUAAUGACCAUAUAGAAAAUAGAAAACAAUCCGAGUUAUUAAAAGAUGAUACAUAUUUACAAAAUUUUUAUGAUGAAUAUGAAAAUAAUUUACUAAUUAUUGGGUGUACUGGUAUUGAUGAUAAAUUACAAGACGAUGUUCCUCAAGUUAUACAAGAUCUACGAGAUGCAGGUAUAACUAUAUGUGUUUUAACUGGGGAUAAAUUAGAAACAGCAAUAAAUAUAGGACAUUCAAUUAAUAUAUUAAAUAAACAUACAUAUAAUGCUGUGUUUACAGAAACAGAUAGUAAUAUUUUAUUAGAACAAAUGAACACACAUGAAAAAAAUACCAAUGCUGCAAAUUUAUUAAAUGCUGAUCAUAGCACAAAGUGGUGGAAUAGUGUUAAUUGGGAGAAUUUAAAUUUAGAUCUAAGAUCCGAAACAAUUUUAAAUUUUAUGAAAACGAAUUUUUUUAAUUCCGAAAAAAAAAAUAUAAUCCCACACCAAACUAUGGUUGAUUUGAAAAAUGAUAAGCACCAUUCUUCAUCAGUAUUAGCAAAACAAGAAAAAGUUUAUAGCUCCUUUUUGGAAUCUCGUGAAUCAUUGGGAAACGUUAAGAGCAGUUCUGAAAGUGUACGAAUGUAUAGAAAAAUGGGAAAGAGUAAUGAUCAUGAUCUUGAUAGUGAGAAUCAUGAGCUUGAUAGUGAUAAUCCCUGUAAGCUCAAAGACAGAAUGCACUAUUCGCAAUUUUCUAUAACAAUCACAGGGGAAUCUCUUGAUGUAAUAAUGAAAAAUAAAAUAUUAAAAAUAAAAUUUUAUACCUUGGCAAGAAGUGCAUCUACUCUUAUAGCUUGUAGAGUAACCCCUAAACAAAAAUCAUUAUUUGUUAAGGAAAAUUCAGCAUUUAAUCCAAGAGGAACAUCAUUAGCUAUUGGAGAUGGGGCUAAUGAUGUAGGUAUGAUUUUAAUGGCAAAUGUUGGCGUAGGUAUAGCCGGAAAAGAAGGUUUACAAGCUGCUAGAUCUUCUGAUUUUACUAUUAGUGAAUUUAAAUACUUAAAAAAAUUAUUAUUUGUGCAUGGUAGAGAAUCGUUACGAAGGAAUUCCUUUUUGGUAUAUUUUUGUAUUUUUCGCAAUGUUAGCUUUUGCUUAUGUUCUAUGAUUUUAAUAUUUUGGACGGGAUAUAGUGCUACUGAUGCUUGGAAUCCAUGGACAAAACAAAUUAUUAAUAUAGCAUUUACUUCUUUACCUGUUAUAUUUUUUGUAGCUUUAGAUAAGCAAUUACCACAUAAUAUAUUAUUAAAUAAUCCACUAUUAUAUGAAACAUCCCCAUCUACUUUAUGGCCUCUUUAUGCUAAUAAAAAGAUUUACUAUUAUACGAGAAAAAUAAAAAAUUAUUGUAAAAAAUUUACGAAUUUUUUUUUAUUACCAUUUAAAUAUAUACCAUAUUUUCAAAAAUAUCUUGAAAAAAUUAAAUCAUGGAUUGGGAAAAGAUCAAAACCUGAAAAGUUUCGUUCUUACGGUACUCAUUUUUUAUUGAUUUACUUAUUAUUUGCAAUUUGGCUAGCUGCUGUUGAAACAAUUAUUAUAUUGCAUUUUUCUACGGGACAAGACCAUUCUAUAUUUCACAAUGAUCGCAGUGUAGAUGUAGAUUUUAGCACAUUUUCACAGAUGUUAUAUACUCAUCAUAUUAUUGCCGUUAAUGCAGUAGUAGCUUUAAUGAUAAAUACAUGGUUUGUCAUAUCUCAUGUUGUUUUAUGGUUUGAAAUAAUUGUAACACUAUUAUUUUGGUUUGUAAUAAGUAAUAUAAAAGUUUUUCUGGAUAUUGUUGGAGCAGACGAAUUACAUGGGACUUUUGAAAAAGCACAUUCAUCUAGUAAUUAUUAUAUGUCUACAAUUAUAUCUUUAUAUACAUCUAUGUUACCAUUAUUAAUAUUAAUGACAUAUCAAUUUAUGAAGAAACCAACAAUGGAACAAAUUGUUCUCGAACAAAUAAAUAUGGGAAAGUUUGAAGGACUAAGAAAGUGCCAAAUUAAAAAAUUAGCAUAUAUUGAUAGUCAAAGUAGUUCAAAUUAUUUUACUCAUAAAGGUUUUGCAUUUGCAGUAGAGGCAAAAGGGGCUUUUUGGGGAUUAGUACAAAAAGCAAUUUACAAAAUUAAGAUACCCAUAUCAAUGGAUGAAAAUUCAUUUCUUAUGUUGAAAAAGAAAACAUAA